AUGGAGUUCAUGACAGAGGGUGUCAAAGUGAAAGAGACACCCUUAACAAAGCAGUCAAGGGUAGUUGUGUCAGGUUUUGGGAAACAAGAUGUGUAUUGUAUUGGUGAGAAUACAUGUUGCUCUGAGUGGAACACCGCCAUGGAAAAGCUUACCGGGUGGACCAGAGGGGACAUCAUUGGGAAGAUGUUGGUUGGAGAGAUUUUUGGCAGUUGCUGUCGGCUCAAGGGCCCAGAUGCUAAGACAAAAUUCAUGAUCGUGUUGCACAAUGCGAUCGGAGGGCAGGAAACAGACAAGUUCCCAUUUGCCUUUUUUGACCGGAAUGGAAAAUAUGUGCAAGCUCUCUUAACGGCAAACAAAAGGGUUAAUAUGAAUGGCCAGAUUAUUGGAGCCUUUUGUUUCCUCCAAAUUCCAAGUCCUGAAUUGCAGCAAGCUCUGAAAGUCCAGAGACAACAGGAAAAGAAAUGCUUUGUGAGGAUGAAAGAGUUGGCUUACAUUUGCCAGGAAAUAAAGAAUCCGUUAAGUGGUAUACGCUUUACUAAUUUGCUUUUGGAGGCUACAGACUUGAACGAUAAUCAGAAGCAGUUUCUUGAGACAAGUGCUGCUUGUGAGAAGCAGAUGUUGAAGAUUAUAAGGGAUGUUGAUCUGGAGAUCAUUGACGGCGGUUCGUUGGAGCUUGAGAAGGCUGAAUUCUUAGUUGGGAGUGUGAUAGACGCUGUUGUUUCUUAA